UGCCCAGGGCCGGGCGCGGUAUCUCCGCUAUGGUGAACCUGGGCGUGAGGCGUGUAGAGGAUGAUGUGGCCGUCAGGCACCCGGCGCUGCAGCAGUACGCGGCCUGCCAGUCUCACGCCUUCAUGAAGGGCAUCGUCACCUUCCUGGCAGCUCUGGUCUCGGCAGGAAGCGGGGCCGCCUUCGCAGUGCAGAAGCUGGCGCGGCAGAAGCUGCCGUACAGCCCGCAGUGGAGCCUGCUGCUGGCUGCGGGAGAAACUCGAGCUUUUGAGCUGAUUGUGGCACGCAACCAGCUUGAAUGUGAGAAUAUCAUGUGUUGUGAAGAUCUCGAAAAAACCUGGGAAACUUCAUCCAUUUCUUCCUCCUCCACGUGCUACAAACCAAUGUGACUGAUGUGCAGCUGGAUACUCCCAAGGAUGCAUAGGAGUCUCUCCAGCUACAGAGGGACACCCUCAGACACACCCUAGGGCUGCAGGUAGCUGUUCCUGUUCCAAAACAGACAUGUCUUUGGGUCUCUUAAGGCCUCUUCAGGCAGGUCAACUGGCUUUGUGCAAACCUCUGAAACAUGAAGGAUGUUUCUUCAGCAUGAAGCAAGUAUGGGACAGCUCCACAGCCCCCAUGGCACAGCAUCAGUGAUGGGCAGGGUCCCAGUCCCGUCUGGAGUUCAGCUCCCUCCUUUACUAACACUGGGCCAGAGGAGGCCAUGGAGAUGCUUUGAGGGCUCGGUCCCCUCUGCUCUGGAGCCAGGCUGGGACAGCUAAGGAUGUUUACCUGGAGAAGAGAAGGCUCCAGGGAGUCCUCAGAGCCUCUUCCAGUGCCUAAAGGGUCUCCAAGGGAUCUGGAGAGAGACUGGGGACAAGGGCCUGGAAGUGACAAGGGGGAAUGGCCUCAAUGGUUAGAUGGGAUACUGAGAAGAAAUCCUUCCCUGUGAGGGUGGUGAGGCCCUGGCACAGGUUGCCUAGAGAAGCUGUGGCUGCCCCAUCCUGCAAGUAUCCAUGGCCAGUUUGGACAGGUCUUGGAACUACCUGUCUAGUGGAAGGUGUCCCUACCCAUGACAGGGGGUGCAACAAAAUGGACUUGAAGGUCCCUUGACACAAACUAUUCUGUGGUUCUGAUCUGCAAAAUAUUUUGAAGAAAAGGUCCCAUGACAAAUGUUCUCUGCUGCAGGACAAGAGAGCAGUCAGGACCCUCACCUGGGAUGGCACCAGUUAAACACAUCUCUGAGGCUGAAGUAGAUUGCAGAGGUGAUUGAGUCACCAUGAGAGGAAAGGAGAUAGAGAACAGUUGUGUUCUGGGAUGAUCUCAGGCCUUCAGGGCUGCUAAUGCUUCACUCAAGGCCAUGGCCCUGCCCUUUUAAGAUCCAUUAGUGCUUUGCUCCUAGGACAAAGGGAAAAGAAAAAUCUACCCAGGUUCAUUGCAAGGAAACUGGCAGUGAUCUCUAGGUGCUCCUCUGUGCCUGUAGGGAUAGGGCCAUGACCAGGGAGAGCAUGGGAAGGGUGCUUGUCCUACCUCCUGCUCUCAGCUUUUAACAGGUGACUUGGAUGAAAUUUUUCAGUUUCAGGUAGAUUUUGGUUUUUGUGAGGUGGAACAACAAUCAUGGUUUCACGAGCUAAUGACAGGUGCCGCAGGGAGACACUACCCUGUUGUGGGGAAAAUCUUUCUUUACUGGGGUAAUUUGUUUUUGUUCAAAGUCCCUGGGCAGGGCUGAAUUUAAACAUUCUGCAGAGAAACAGUACAUGAGUGUGAAAUUUGGCAGCACCUGGGGGUGCAGGCAGCUCACCAGAGGUGCUUAGCAGCCACUUGCCUCCUUUCUGAGGAGUGGACGGUGAGGUCCAUAUCUCAAACUCCCUUGCACCAAGUGCUGCAGCAGCUGCCCAGGUUGGUGAGUCCUCAGGAGUUGAUAUCAACCCAGGUGUGUGAAGCUUCUGUCAGGACAGACAUGGUCCUGCCUGGUAUGUAUCAACCAGACAGGAGCUGGGCAGAGGCUGCUAUGGAUGAGCAACCACAUCCUGCUUCCAGCGCAUCCCCCUUCUGCUCUAGCCUGGUCCCUGUCCUGUCAGGGAGACAUCGUGUCCUUGGGACUGCAUUGGCAAGGUUUGGGCAGUGGGGAUCUGUAGACUGCCUUAGUGAGAAGGCACCUGAAGCUGUCCCUGGGUUGGACCCGUCACCACCACCCAAAGCUGAGCCUGUCAGCAGUGAAUAGGGGAGUCCUCUGGGGUAAUGUAUUUAAGAAAAAGUAAAAACCACUGCACAGCCCUGCAGAUCCUAGUUCAGUGGAGAGGGAGAGGAGAAGGUCCUCCAGGUGCUAGAACAGAGAUUACCUGCAGCCUGUGGGGAUGACCAUGAAGAGGCAGCUGUGCUCCUGAAACCUAUGGAGGUCCACGGUGGAGCUGUGGAAGAUGCUGCACCUCUGCCUUCCCAGGGCAGGAACCUGCUCCAGCCUCUGAGGGUUGGUUUGAGUGCCAAACUGAUGCUGGGAGCCUACCUAGCUGCCACUGUCUCCUACCCUCACCUUGUCAUGCAGGAAGGCUUUAUGUGCCUUGCUAAAGGAUUCAGCUUCCCUUUCCAACACCCCACACGUCUCUCUGGAAGCAAUCCCCAAGAUCGGCAGUAUCAGUUCUUCUGUGGUUAGCAGGGGUGCACAAUCAUAGCAGGACUUCCUCAACCCAGGGUCAAAAAGAGGCACCAGGCAGCUGCCAUAUCCCAACCACUUCCAACCAGAGGCAUAGAGCACCUGAGCCCUGUGCCAGGCUGCGAGUGCUGCUCAGGCUCCUCUCAGUAAUCUGCCAGGAACACCACUCCUGAGCGGCAGAGAGGAUGAAUGCCGGGUUCUGUGGCUUAGUAGUGGGCUGCUGCACAAGGAGAAAUGUUUCCAGUGUUUGGAAUAACUGGGGUCUCCUGGGAGUCACUUGGACAGCUCACCAGGGGACCAGGCAGGCACUUGCUUAGGCUCCUAGCACUGGUUUUAAGCUUUCAGGUGAGAUCUUUACAGGUGCAAAUUCCACUUGUUUAAAAAAAAUGUCAGAAUCCAGCUGGAGCCUGUGCCAGCCACAUUCCUGGCUAGCACACAUCAUUCUCAGCAAAUAUGCCUGGGAGCAGUCAGCAGUAACACAGCUGUGAUAUUCCCACUGUGCCCUCCUGCCACGUAGCAGCGUCCAAAAAUGAGGAAGGUGGCAGCAUGCAUAUGGGACACUUUCCUUGAGCCCUCUCCCUGUCUCCAGCUAUCUUCAGCUGGGGGGGGGGGGUGUCCUGAGCCAGCCAUGAUUUCCUGAUUUUCACCCUGCAGUAGAUCCCUCCUCUCUGUACUUGCCAAAAUCCCACUAUUUCAGUGCAGGCAAACCUCCAGAAGCACCACCCCUUAACAGGGAGCUGCUGCACCCACCCCAGCACUGGGAGGUGCCUGCUUUAGGAUGGGUUGGAUCUGGCUUCCACCUUCACUUCAUACACUGGAAGAGCUGGUAGCUCUAUCCCUCUCCAGGACUGUCCUGAAUUUACAGACCCCAUGUUGUAUCUUCUCUGGCUGGAGGGAUGAGUACUGCUUAGAAAGGAAGGGUUCUUCCCCCCAGAGUUUCCCAGGGACCCUAUGGCCAUGUGAUACCUCCUGGCAGGGCUCAGCUGUCCCUGCUGCCCCAUGUGCCACUGCACCACCCUGAAGCAUCCCAGGGGGUAGGAUCAGCCCCCUCAUGGUCCUUGCUGCCAUGCUGAUUGUUCCUACAGCUGGCUCCCACUUUAUAUCCCUCCUAGGGUGAGCAGGACAUCCACCACAGAAGAGAGGCAUACUGCUAUCCCACAGACUGGCCCAGACCUUCAGAGUUUUCCCACCAGUGAUGUACUUUCCAUUUUAAAAAUAAAAUCCCAAUAAUAAAAACUCCAGCUAAUUUUA